AUGGCUCCGCAGGAUACCUUCUUCCGCUCGUCGGAAAUGAGCCUGACCCAGCUCUACAUUGCCAAUGAGAUCGGAAGAGAGGUCGUUAGUGCCCUGGGUGAGAUUGGGCAGGUCCAGUUCAGAGAUCUCAACCCCGACACCAACGCUUUCCAACGGACCUUUACUAAGGAGAUCCGGCGCCUCGAUAAUGUUGAACGACAGCUCCGCUACUUCCACUCGCAGAUGGAGAAAGCUUCCAUCCCCAUGCGGCCCUCGACCGACUUCUCCGACACCUUGGCUGCUCCGUUGGCCUCGGAAAUCGAUGAGCUGGCCGAGCGGAGUGAGAGCCUCGAACAGCGCAUCGCUUCCUUGAACGACAGCUACGAGACCUUGAAGAAGCGCGAGGUCGAGCUUAGCGAAUGGCGUUGGGUUCUCCGUGAGGCGGGCGGUUUCUUUGAUCGGGCCCACACUCACACCGAGGACAUCCGCCAAUCCUUCGAUAACGACGAAGCGCCCCUUCUUCGCGACGUCGAGCAACAUGCACCCCGCGGCGCAAAUGGAGACACUCAUGGCCAGCAGAGCUUCUCGGAAAUGAACAUUGGCUUCGUGGCCGGUGUAAUUCCUCGGGAUCGCAUUGGCGCCUUUGAACGUAUCCUCUGGCGAACGCUCCGUGGUAACCUUUACAUGAACCAGUCGGAGAUUCCCGAAGCGAUCAUCGACCCUACCAACAACGAGGAAAUCCACAAGAACGUGUUUGUGAUCUUUGCCCACGGCAAGAACAUUCUCGCAAAGAUCCGCAAGAUCUCCGAAUCGCUAGGCGCUUCUCUGUACGGAGUGGAUGAGAACAGUGAGCUGCGCCGGGAUCAGAUCCACGAGGUCAACACUCGACUGGGUGACGUGGGCAAUGUGCUGCGCAACACUAAGAACACCUUGGAUGCGGAGCUCUCGCAGAUCGCUCGUUCUCUCGCGGCAUGGAUGAUCAUUGUCAAGAAAGAAAAGGCUGUUUACGACACGUUGAACAGGUUCUCUUACGACCAAGCUCGCAAGACGUUGAUCGCUGAGGCGUGGUGCCCCACAAACUCCCUUGCUCUCAUCAAGUCGACCCUGCAGGAUGUCAACGAUCGCGCCGGUCUCUCCGUCCCUACUAUCGUUAACCAGAUUCGCACCAACAAAACCCCACCAACCUACGUUCGAACCAACAAGUUCACGGAGGCCUUCCAAACCAUCAUCAACUCGUAUGGUAUCCCGAAGUACUCCGAGGUCAACCCCGGUCUAUACACGAUUGUCACAUUCCCCUUCUUGUUCGCCGUCAUGUUCGGUGAUAUGGGUCACGGUUUCAUUAUGGCUUCCGCGGCUGCUGCAAUGAUCUUCUUUGAGAAGAAGCUGCUUCGCACUAAGCUCGAUGAGUUGACCUACAUGGCCUUCUACGGUCGGUACAUCAUGUUGAUGAUGGGUCUUUUCUCCAUCUAUACUGGUUUCAUCUACAACGAUAUUUUCUCCAAGGCUUUCAGCAUUUUCCCCAGUCAGUGGCAGUGGCCCGAGGAUAUCAAGGCUGGCCAGUCUGUUGAGGCUACUCUGAAAGAUGGAUACCGUUUCCCCAUCGGCCUGGAUUGGAAUUGGCACGAGGCGGAGAACUCUUUGCUCUUCUCAAACAGUAUGAAGAUGAAGAUGAGUAUCUUGCUCGGUUGGUCCCACAUGACUUAUGCACUGGUCCACCAGUACGUCAACGCCCGGCAUUUCAAGUCCAAGGUUGACGUGCUCGGCAACUUUGUUCCUGGAAUGUUGUUCUUCCAGUGUAUCUUCGGUUACUUGGCUCUCACGAUUCUGUACAAAUGGUCCGUGGACUGGCCUGCCAUUGGCCAGGACCCGCCCAGCUUGCUGAAUAUGCUCAUUUUCAUGUUCCUCAGCCCUGGCAAUGUCCAGGAAAAGCUGUACAACCACCAAGCCACUGUUCAAGUUCUGCUGCUCCUUAUCGCGGUCAUUCAGGUCCCCAUCAUGCUCUUCCUUAAGCCCUUCUGGCUGCGCUACGAGCACAACCGUGCUCGCGCUCUGGGUUACCGGGGUCUUGGCGAGCAGUCCCGUGUCAGUGCUUUGGAGGAUGAUGGUGAUGUGGAUGGUGGAUUCGGCGGUGCUCGUGACAGCCUGGCCAGUGAUGGUGAGGGUGUCGCCAUGCUUGCCCAGAACAUUGACGAGGGCGAUGAGCAUGAAGAGUUUGACUUCAGCGAUGUCAUGAUCCACCAGGUCAUUCACACUAUCGAGUUCUGCUUGAACUGUAUCUCUCACACUGCUUCGUACCUGCGUCUUUGGGCUUUGUCCUUGGCUCACCAGCAGCUUUCCAUCGUCCUUUGGGAUAUGACCAUUGGCACUGCCUUUGCCCAGGAGAGCCACGUCCUCCGAGUCAUCAUGACCGUGGUCUGCACCUACAUGUUCCUUGUUCUGAGUGUUGCGGUGCUGGUCACCAUGGAAGGAGUAUCAGCCAUGCUUCACUCGCUUCGUCUACACUGGGUGGAGGCGAUGAGCAAGCAUUUCAUGGGCGAGGGUAUCCCCUUUAUGCCAUUCAGCUUCAAGACUCUGCUGGAAGAAGAUCCGGUGGAUUAA